AUGCUCGUGCCAGCCCCUUUCCUGCUGGUCUUGCUGCUGCUCCUCGGGGCCCCCCAGGCGGGCCUCACCCAGAGGUCCUGCAAAACCGGGUCCAGCCUCAGCUGCCUCCACACAGCCCUGCGCGAGGCUGAGAAGAGCCAGCAGAAGGACACAUCGCUGCUGAUCAAGCAGACCUUCCCCGCCCUGCCCCGCGGAGACCUGGAGGACCAGGAGGGGCAGGAAGAGGAGGACACAGAGAAAAGGACCUUCCCUGGCUCCGGGGGUGGCGGCGGUGGUGGCGGGGCUGGCAGCACCCGGUACAAGUACCCGUCCCAGGCACAGUUCCAGGGGCGGCCAUCCCAGGACAAGGCCAAGAGUGACCGGCGCGCCAAGGUCACUCUGUCCCUGGACGUCCCCACUAACAUCAUGAACAUCCUCUUCAACAUCGCCAAGGCCAAGAACCUGAGAGCCAAGGCCGCCGCCAAUGCCCACCUCAUGGCCCAGAUUGGGCGGAAGAAGUAG